CCUUCCGGGAUGCCGAGACCGCCCUCAGGAUCGAGGACAAAAACAAUCGGCAUCCCUCUGGCAUCGCAGCGCCAAACACGGCGACCCAAACGAACUUAGGCAGCAGUUAGACGGAUCUGAACUGUUUUCAUCUUUUAACCGACUCGACAGAUUCGAGAGAGCUAUGGUGUCUCCGGUGACCGUGGUCAAGAGCGAAGGCCCCAAACUGGUGCCGUUCUUCAAGGCCACCUGCGUUUACUUCGUCCUGUGGCUGCCCACCUCAAGCCCUUCCUGGUUCAGUGCCCUCAUCAAAUGUCUGCCCAUCUUCUGUCUGUGGGUCUUCCUGCUGGCUCAUGGAUUCAGCUUCCUGGGUGCCCACUCCAGCGCCCGCAAGAUUUUGGCUGGUCUCAUCUUUUCGGCUCUGGGUGACGCCUUUCUCAUCUGGCAGGAGCAGGGCUACUUCGUCCAUGGCCUUCUCAUGUUCGCCAUCACCCACAUCCUUUAUUCGUCCGCCUUUGGGAUGAAGCCGAUUAAUGCCAGGGCUGGCCUGGUGAUCACCGCUGUGUCCGCCCUGUGUUACCUCCUGCUGUACCCCUACCUGUCCGGCCCCUUCACCUACCUGGUGGGCGUCUACGUCGCUCUGAUUGGCUUCAUGGGCUGGAGAGCCAUCGCGGGCCUGCAGCUGGCCAACGACCUCUGGACCUGGACCAAGCUAUCGGCCUGCCUGGGCGCCGUGCUCUUCAUCGUCUCCGACCUCACCAUCGCCGUCAACAAGUUCUGCUUCCCCGUGCCCCACUCGCGGGCCAUCAUCAUGGCCACCUACUACGCCGCGCAGAUGCUCAUAGCUCUCUCAGCCGUCGAGUGCCAGGAUGUGGAGGUUUCCUUGAAGAGAACAUGAGGCGCAGCGGUGUCCAGAAAGCACGGGGCUGGGGAGAUGGCUCCAACGCCGGCCUUGAGAGGCCGCUGGCGCGUCUCCCCGCCGGAUCCCAAGCCCCCAGCCUUCGUCACGGUGUGGCGCUCCCACAAGAUUGUUGUCACGGCAAUUGAUCCACUACGUGACGACCAUCACCCUGCAAUCCCACUAGUAUGGUAGUCUUAUGUGUAUCUCCUUAUAAAGAAGAUACAGUUGUAUUAUUCUCAGCCCCUCCCGAGUGCAAUCGAACUUUAGGAAAAGCUGUCUCUCAACCAAGGUAUAAAGGAGAAAAUCGUAGAGUUAAUAACCUCCUAUAAAAAGCAUUAAUGUCCUUGGAAUUGGUUUGAUUGAAGGGGAGAAAGCUGUUGGGCACUUUCAAGCAUUGUGAGUGGGGGGGGGGGGGGGGUUCUGUGAGCGUGUUGGUGCAGUUUUGCGACUGAUUUACACUCUUACCUCACUUUCCACACGGCGCUUUGACGCACAGUCUCCAUGCAGACACACCGCCACACAUUUGUACUUUGAGUGGUCCAUUGGGACAGUUUAGAACUUCAUAUAUGUGUGUUUUUUUGUUGUUAUUGUUGCUUUAAUGCAUGCCAACUCUUUCAAAAGGGAUAUUUUUUAUACGAACCAUUACUCAUAUCUGUCCCUCCAUGUCCUCCUUCAUUAACGGUGCUAAUCUUAGAAUUAAGAGCACGUCCAUACCUCGAUUAAUUAGUUAGCUGCUGUCCCUUUCAUUUCAUUUGCAACGAUUUCUCUUCCGGUGCUCGUCGCUCCCUUUUAAUGAAUCAAAUAUUUAUUUUGUUCAUUUAGGGUCUCUUUGAAUAACGAUCUGGAAAGAAAAUUACUUUAAUGCGACGUAUAAAAGCUUCAGAUGUUGGAUGCCUCGUUGAGGAGUACUUUUUCCUUUUUAAAACUGAAGCGUGAUCCUUCUGUUUUAAGAUCUAAUUGCUGCUGGUAAGGUCCUGCAGGUACAACGUGUUGCUCACGGCGCCUGCAUCACCUUCAACAGCACCUGUCAACUGUCGGUGCUGCGAAAGCAGGGAAAGAAAGCACUUUUUGUUGCUGACCGGACUUGAUUUGCUGAUUAACUCUGCAGGCAUCCACUCACUCAGAACGACGCGCGCACAUAUUUACGUGAUGUGAAAAGCGGGGCCGGCCAGGCUUGGGAGAAACGGGGAGACAAUAGUAAGGGAACAGUUACCCCGUCGUUGCCGAUUAUUCCUUCUCACAGGACGUUUCCGAUCAAUCCGCUGCAGUGUUUUUUCUCGACGUGUCCGAUCAUCGUUUGUCUUCAUUCCUGCUGUCGUUCCUUUUAGGUUCAAGUCAUAUGGGAGUGUCUUACCAAACUACGUCUACAUGUUUCCAUGCGUUUCAUUUUGAGUGUGCGUUGUCUUUGUCUUAACUGUCGAGUGAAAGUCAGACCCAGCUCAAGGCCAGGAGUACCGCGACCCGACAGAGUUGGCAUGACAUGGACACUCUGGGUAUGUUCAUGUCUUUGUAUAAAGGCUCUUAAAUCUUUCUUUGUGCCAGCUCCUCUUUAGAACUGCAGCUUUAUUAUAUAAGUCGCAGAAAAUGUCAGUUUGACUUAGUUCUGACUGAGGAGAUCCAAACCAUGACUUGACUUGCUGUUUCUAUUGCUGGACAUGUUUUCUUUACCGUACAGCGCCUUGCAAAAGUAUUUCUAUCCUUUGAACUUUUUUUCCCCACAUUUUGCCACCUGUUGCAGCCGCGGCCCUUUUUAUUGAUGUUAUGUACUAGACUAACACAAAGGAGAACAUAUCUGGGCCAGGAAAGUGUUUUGGGAUGGUUCUCUCACCUUUGCACAUCAAGAGAAGGAAAUGAAUCUUAAUUUUCCUUUUGCAAAACCGCUCAAGCUCAGCCAAGUUGGUUGGAGAGCGUCCAUUUGGUUGCAGCAGAUUGGAUUUAGGUCUGGACUUUGACUGGGCCAUUCUAAAUGUGCUUUAAACUAUUCCUUUGAAGCUCUGAUUGGAUGAUUAGGCUCUGUGCUCUGCAGAAAGGUGCACCUCUUACCCA